UGUGCCGGUAAGACACGGACCUCUAUAUAUUUCCCUCGCCUCUCCUGUUCUGUCCUCAGUCGCGGUGUGAGCCCUGUCUUGUACAAGAUGCCACUGCCACUACUACGACAAAGCUCCAAACCUGAAACAAAGAAAUUUCAGUCUGGCAAAAUUGUGCCCUGUGAUCAUGACCUCUCCAACAAGAAGGGGGAGAAUCACCAAGCAAAAAUAUCUCCAUUUUCACCUCAGGGGAUGGUCAAAAAGAGAUCAGCUUUUGAAGAUCUUACCAAUGCUUCUCAAAGUCAACCUGCACAGUCCAAGAAGGAAGCCAAUAAGGAGAUUGUAAAAGAUGUUUUCAAGAAUAUAAGCAAGAAUAGGUGUGUUUACGGAUCUGCUAAACACAAGGAGAUGAAAAUGAAAAG